AUGGCUGGCAGCAGCGCCGCAUUCGCACACCGUGAGGAGCUUAACCACCGGCAGAUGUACGCAUUUAUCGGUGCGAUAGUAGGACUCGCGGCGAUCUUCAUCUUCUUCCAUCUUGGACGGCGUAUUGCGCAGAAGUCGAACGUUGGGGAAAAGGGAGUCUCAGCUUUGGCUUCUUUGUCUCGGAAACCACGAAAUGUCCUUAUCCGAACAGCACCCGGUCUGCCUUCACGAGGACAUGCCAUCCUCGUCUUCUUGUACAUUGCCAUCAACAUCAUUGUUACCUUUACAGACAUGGAUAACUCUGUCUUCACGCUGAACUCCAACUUGGCCGCACGAGCAGCAUGGAUGGCAGUCGCAAAUCUCGUUGUUCUCAUUUUCUUGGCUUUGAAGAACACUCCUUUGGCGUUCCUCACAGCUUGGUCGUAUGAGCGCCUCAAUAUCCUACAUCAAAUCGCCGGCUCCAUGUGCAUCAUCUUUGUCAUCAUUCACGCCUCCUGCUACUCCUCCUACUUUGGGUUUGCAGGAAGGAUCUCGAUCCUCCGGGAAGAGAGCGUUAUCUAUGGCGAGAUUGCCGGCUUGUCCUUCUUCAUCGUCGGUUUCGCGGGAGUGGUCAUCCGUCGGUGGUGGUACGAGCUCUUCUACUAUAUUCACAUCAGCUUCUGGAUCCUUGCCAUCGUCAUGGUAGGCCUCCACCAGCCCAGCUUUGGCGAAAAGAUUGUCUACGUUGUGAUUGUCACCGCUGGCAUCUGGGUGCUUGACCGCCUGGUCCGUGUGACACGUCUCCUGAUAUACAGCACUAACAACUCUGCUGUUCUUACGCCCCUGCCAAACGGUGGCACUCGAGUGACCCUUAAGAAGGCUCCUUUGGGCGCUGUGUCUGGGCAACAUUGCUUUCUUUGGAUUCCCUCGAUACGGACGUGUGAGACACACCCGUUUACAAUUGCAUCCAUGGAUCCUCUGGAGUUUGUUGUGUCUUCCCAUGACGGCUUCACGCGGGACCUGCAUCGAUAUGCCGUGAAGUAUCCUGGUGCAACGGUCAAAGCCUCGGUUGAGGGUUCCUAUGGUACAUUGCCUGAUGCUUCCGAAUAUGAAAGAGUCGUUCUGGUCGCGGGUGGAAGCGGUUCGACCUUUACGUUCGGAAUGGCGCUCAACAUGCUCAAGGACGUGUCUAGCUCGCAGCUGGAUAAGAAGAUCACCUUCAUCUGGAUGGUCAAGUAUGAGAGUCAUCUUAAUUGGUUUGCCUCUCACCUCGACACUCUCGCAAAGGACUCCCGUGUAGAUCUCCAGCUUUACAUCACACGAUCGUCGGAAACUCAAGUAGAUGAAGAGAAACGCCCAGAAUCGAUGCCCAUUACACCGUCCUCUGAUACUGAUCUUGAGAAGGCAGUUGGCAAUGUGACAGCUCAGCCUCUAGAAUCCUCUUCUGGAGAGUCCGUUGCAGAGGAAACAGAUUCCACGCCAAACAGCAGCGCCGUUGAAGUGCAGCCACACGCCUACAACAGCUCCAUCAAGCGCGGCAAACCAGACGUUUCUGCUUUGAUCCAGACCAUAAUAGGCGAGACGCCGGUAGAGAAGCGCGUGCUGGUGUUGGGAUGCGGGCCUGACGGGCUCAUGACACAAGUUCGCAAUACCACGGCGGCAUGCAUCCGGUCUGACGGACCGGGAGUAGAACUGCACUGCGAGCAAUUUGGUUGGUAA